AUGUUGUCCCCUCAUAUUUUAGGAGAAGAUCACUACAACACUGCUCGUGGUGUUCAGAACGUUGUUCAAAAUUAUAAGAACUUGCAAGAUAUUAUUGCUAUUUUGGGAAUGGAUGAGAUCAGUGAAGACGACAAGUUGACUGUUGCUCGUGCCCGUAAGAUUCAGCGUUUCUUGAGCCAGCCUUUCCAUGUAGCAGAAGUCUUCACGGGAGCUCCUGAAAAAUAUGUUGAGUUGAAAGAGAGCAUUACCAGCUUCCAGGGAGUUCUGGAUGGGAAAUAUGACGACCUUCCUGAGCAAUCGUUUUACAUGGUUGGCGGAAUUGAAGAAAUCAUUGCCAAGGCAGAGAAGAUUGCUAAGGAUUCAGGUGCGUAG